UGGGUAUGGGGAGAGGACAGGGCCUCGGGCUCAGAGUCCACAGCUCAGAGCUCCUCCCCUGGCUCAGGGGUCUGGGUGCAGACCCGGGGAGCCUGCAGGAGAGCAGGAAGUGCCCCAGAGAACCCGGGAAGCACUGGGGUUGGGGGCAGGGUAGAUCCACCCCUCUCUCCCCUCCGCCUGGCAGCCCCAUCCCAGCCGCAGGCCCAAAUCUGAGCGGGACACACCGGCCGGAGAGCUUCAAGCCAUCAUGGACCCUGAAGGCCUGGCCCUCCUGCUGCCCCCAGCCACCCUGGCAGCCCUGGCAGAUUCCUGGCUCCGAGAAGACUGCCCAGGCCUCAACCAUGUGGCUGUGGUCACCGGGGCUGCCCCCGCGCAGGCGGCACUGUGGGCCAAGUCCCCCGGGGUGCUGGCUGGGCGGCCUUUCUUCGAUGCCGUCUUUGCCCAACUCAACUGCCAUGUCUCCUGGUUCCUCCCCGAGGGAUCGAAGCUGGUGCCCGUGGUCAAGGUGGCUGAGGUCCGGGGUCCUGCCCACCGCCUGCUGCUGGGGGAGCGGGUGGCUCUUAACACACUGGCCCGCUGCAGCGGCGUGGCCAGCGCAGCCGCCGCUGCCGUGGAGGCCGCCAAGGGGGCUGGCUGGUCUGGGCACGUGGCGGGCACGAGGAAGACGACGCCAGGCUUCCGGCUGGUGGAGAAGUACGGGCUGCUGGUGGGCGGGGCUGUCUCCCACCGCUACGACCUGGGAGGGCUGGUGAUGGUGAAAGACAACCACGUUGUGGCAGCGGGGAGUGUGGAAAAGGCGGUGCGGGGGGCCCGGCGGGCUGCCGACUUCGCCCUGAAGGUGGAGGUGGAGUGCAGCAGCCUGCCCGAGGCCGUGACGGCGGCCCAGGCAGGAGCGGACCUGGUCUUGCUGGACAACUUCCAGCCGGAGGAGCUGCACCCCACGGCGGAAGCACUCAAGGCCCAGUUCCCACACGUGGGCGUGGAAGCCAGCGGGGGCAUCACGCUGCGCAACCUCCCUCGGUUCUGCGGGCCCCACAUCGAUGUCAUCUCUUUGGGGGUGCUGACCCAGGCUGCCCCGGCCCUCGACUUCUCCCUCAAGCUGUUUGCUGAAGGGGCCACUCCAAUGCCCCGCGCCCGGCGGCCCUGAGGCAGAAGACGGUGAUGCCGGAAGGGGGCAGUUUCAACAGAUGGGAAAGCAUUCCUCGGAGUUUCAUUGGCGAUUGUCUGGUCGAGUGGUCCUGUGUGUGUUUUCUAAUCAAUGGGAUCUUAUAUUUGAUCUCGGCUGGAACAUUUCAUGUGGUUGAUGAUCUUGUGGUACCAGUUAUUAAGUAUUUUGCCUCUCACUUCUGUCUGCUGUUAUUAGCUCUUUGGUGGAGAGAAUCCCUCCAUUCCUAACUUCCAGGGUCCCCAACACACUCGGCCAGCGGCUGCCCCCAGGAUGGAGGACACCCCCAUUCUGUGCUGAAGCUCUGUUCUAUUCGUUGGGGGAACAUGGUGGGUACAGAGCAGCUGGGCUCAGACCAAAGGGCAACCAAAGGAGGGGGGCGGGUGGGACACCAUGUGCAAAAACCCCUUCUUCAGUGAGUCAGGACU